CGGCCCGCGCAUAAUGCGGCGUUUAAGAAGGAAUUGCAGAUGCUGGAAAAUCGAAGGUAGACAAAAGGGCUGGAGAAACUCAGCGGGUGCAGCACCAUCUAUGGAGCGAAGGAAAUAGGCAACGUUUCGGGCCGAAACCCUUCUUCAGACUGAGGCUCCGGCUCCCGGUUUAUGUGCCGGUUCUUCACCAGAGGCUCAGUUGAUGUGUGUGUGGAAGCUGCGGAAUAUGGCUGUGUGGUGCUGGAAGCGAUUUCACCAGCUGCUGAAACUGACCAGCCUCCGCGGUUGUGCAGCCCGUUUUCUCAGCGGUGGAUUGGUGGAGGAUAAGAAGUUGGUGAUCUGUGUUGAAGGGAACAUCGCAAGUGGGAAGACUACGUGCCUGCAAUACUUUGCAAAGUAUAACAACAUUGAGGUGCUACUGGAGCCAGUGUCAAAGUGGAGGAACCUCUGGAAUCACAACCUGCUGAGUCUGAUGUAUGAAGAUCCAUCGCGCUGGGCGAUCACACUACAGACUUACGUACAACUGACCAUGUUGCAGCAACACAGUCGGCCUCAGACAAUACCGGUCCGAAUGAUGGAGAGGUCCAUUCACAGCGCCAAGUACGUCUUUGUGGAGAACCACUACAAAAGCUCCAUCAUGCCUCCUGUAGACUAUGCCGUGCUGUCCGAGUGGUUUGAAUGGAUCGUAGCAAACCACAACAUUCCAGUUGACUUGAUAGUGUACCUGCAGACCUCACCGGAGACUUGUUACCGGAGACUGAAGUACAGGUGUCGGAGUGAGGAGACCAUUAUCCCAGUGGAAUACUUGCAAAGUCUCCACCAACUUUAUGAAGACUGGCUGGUCAAGCAGACUUCGUUCAAAGUCCCUGCACCAGUACUGGUGAUUCCCGCUGACCUGGACCUGGUGGAGAUGCAGGCAGUGUAUGAAGCUCACAGGGAGAGGAUUCUCCACCCCAAUCCCACCGGCCUGCAGAAUCGGCACUGACCAAGAGGGGCAGAAGCCUGCGACCAAGGACCAAGGACCAUCAGCCGGUUGGACAAUUGGUUUACAAAAUGAGAACUGGAUCUCUGUUGAUUGAUCAGAAACUACAGGGCUAUUGGAGUUGCUGCUUCAAACACGUGACACAGUACUUGGCCACUUUGUCCAGCUGAUCCACAAGCUCUGUGUGGACCUCUUCCCACCUCCCUCCUCUCACUCACUCAGCAGACCCUAGUCCAUCCAAGCGGGAUGAACAGGUUAAUGUGCUUUUCAACCAGUCCAUGUGGUUUACACAAAGUCUGAAGAAGGGUCCCGACCCGAAACAUCACCUAUCCACGUUCUCCAGAGAUGCUACCUGACCUGCUAAGCUAUUCCAGCACCUUGUCCCUUUUUUGUAAACCAGCAUUUGCAGUUCCUUAUCUGCCAGAGGAGGUAGUUGAGGCAGGUACGUACGUGGACAGGAAAGGUGUCGAGGGAUAGACACAAAGUGCUGGAGUAACUCAGUGGGUCAGGCAGCAUCUCUGGAGGAAAAGGAUGGAUGAUGUUGUGGGUCGGGACCCUUCUUCAGAUGCGUUUGGUUUUUCCUGACCUGAAACGUCACCUAUUCCUUUUCCUCCAAAGACGCUGCCUGAUCAGCUGAGUUACUCCAGCACUUGUAUCCAAUCCUUGUUGACGCCUGGAGUUUGACCACAAUAAAUAGCAGGGCUGUAAUGGUAACUAAUGUGGUCUCACAUGGAUAAAGCACGGAAGCAGGCCCAUCUGCCCAUCUAGUCCAUGCUGACCAAGGCUCUGUCCCAUUUACCCAUGUCUGGCCCAUAUCCCUAUUAAACCUUUCCUAUCCACGUACUUGUUCAAGUGUAUUUUAAGUGCUGUUAUAGUACCUGCCUCAACUACCUCUGGCACCUCGUUCCAUAUACCGACCACCCUCUGAGUGAAAACAUCAUGCCUCAGGUUCCUAUUAAGCUUUGCCCCUCACUUUAAAUAUCAUCUGGUUCUUUAUUCUCCACCUCUGGGUAAAAGAUUGUGCAUUCAUCCUAUCUAUCCACUUCAUGAUUUUAUACACCUCUCCAAGAUCACCCCUCAGCCUUCUACACUCCAAGGAAUAAAGCCCUAGCUUGCCCAACCUCUCCCUGUAGCUCAGGCCCUCGAGUCCUGGCAACAUCCUCAUAAAUCUUCUCUGUGCCGAACCGAACGCAGAACUCCAAAUGUGAUCUCACCAAUGUCUUGUACAACUUAACAUCCCAUAUUCUCUACUGUACUCAGUAGCCUGACUGAUGAAGGCCAAUGGCCCAAACUCCUUCUUUACCAAUAUUGUUCUACUGGUGUCUCACUCUACGUUAGAACAUAGAACAGUACAGCACAGGAACGGGGCCCUUCGGCCCAUAAUGUUUCUGCUGAACAUGAUGCCGAGUUAAAGUGACUUAAUCUGCCUGUACAUGAACCAUACCCGUCUACUCUGCACUUCCACAUGUCUGGCUAAAAGCUUCUUGAAAAACCACUAUAAUUUCUGCCUCCACCACCACCCCUGGGAGAGCAUUCCCACACUGUUUUUUAUUU